AUGAAGGGAAAACAAAAAAAAAAUGACGAAAUUGACAAUUCCCUGUUUACUGUUUCUCGUUAUAUUCCUGAUGGCGAAUUUAAUGAAAAUGAUUUUACAAAAGUGGUAGAAAAGAAAAAAGAAGAAAAUGAAGUCGAAUAUGCAAAAAAAAAAGAAAAGGAAAAGGAAGAAAAUGUUAAUAAAACUACCAAAAACAAUUUUACAAAUGUAAAUAAUUUAGAUAUGAUUGAUGAACAAACAUGGUUUAAUAAUUUAAUAAAAAAGACUGAUCAACAAAAUCCUAGUGAAAAUUCAUAUGAAUCAGAAUAUGAUGAAAAUAUUAUUAUAAACUCAGAUAAUAUUUUUAAAAAUAUAUAUCCUUUUUUUAAAACAGAAGAAGACCCUAAUUAUUUUAUUGAGAAAAAGGAGUUGCACAAAUUUAUAAAGCAAAACCGGUUAAAUUGA